CUCUGAUUUGCUGCUGUAGUUUCCAGGCUUGCUGAAAUUGCUCUUCCUCAAGGCUGUCAGGUGGAGCGCAAGCUGUUCGCUCAGCCCGGCCUUCCACCAUGGAGAAGAGGCUUGUGAAGCAGGAGGUGAAGAGGCUGCUGGGAGAGUAUAUUGGCAUCAGACUUCGGGAAAAUGAAUUUGAUCCAAAAGGAAGACUCCAACUCACCUUUCUAGAUGAGAUGGCCCACUAUGACUUGGCCAUCAGUGUUGCUUGUCAAUGGGCAGAUCCCUCAGAAGAUUUAACUUGGCUCCAGUGGGAGAAAGUGAAAGCGCCACUCCAUGGCAGACCCAUGUAUCCAAACCGAAGAGAGCGCGAAGCAAUGAUCUUAUCAUCUUACGCUGGAGUCUUAAUGAACAGUAUCCCAAUUGAGGAAGUCCUGAAAAUUUACGGGGCCUCUUCUUCUACCGUACCUGACUCUACAAAGGUCUCCCCGGCUCUGUUGCCCCGCCGCUCCUUGCACCCUUUUGCCAUGUUGACAGCACCCAACGCAGCAGAGUGUAACCGCAGACAGAGUGUCAAGCUGAGGGAAGGGGCAAUGACAAAAAACACCUCCAGCGGCUCUACCAAGAAAGCAAUGGUUCAGAAUGGAAAUUCCGGAAAAGAUGCUCACAUACACAGCUCAAGAACAAGGUCACUUAGAAAUGAGAACUAGUACCAUGGAUGCACAGCAGAGCCCCUGGGAGCAGACAAGAAGCUCCGCCUUGAAGCUGCAAUCGUCACCAGCACACCCUUUCUCUGUAGUUCGCCAACGCUGUCAAUGGCAUUGACUCUCAAGCCUGCCCUUAGCCUUUCUCUCUUGGAAGCACAUUGCACACCUAUACUCUGGCAAAAGGAAAAAAUGUGUAUAUCCCAUGCUAUUUCAUUUUACGCCUGGAAAACUGCUGGAGAAUUUGGAGGGGGCUCACGGUUCCUGGAUGGGUGGGUUUAGACAGUCUGGUUUUGAUACACAUUUUAGCAAAUGUGUAGCAUUAAAUAUUGCAUAGAAUGCUGGAGAAGGAGGUGGUUUUCCAAAGUGUUAACCCUAAAUAGAAUUAAUUUCUCAUUAGCAUUCUUCCAAAUAGAGAAAAUGUAAGCUCAUAAGUUUACAUUCAAUAAAGUUUGCAAAGAGAAAUGGA